AUGCGCUUCGCCGGGGGCGAAACGUUUAGCGAAAUAGAUGCCUGCCUCUUGAAGACUCUGGUGUUCGCUAUAGUUUUACUAGCCGGUCGCUCUUCGUAUUCCGCCAAUCGUCGUAUAAUAAAACCAAGCCUGUCAGCCAUAGUCGCAAUGAAGACGACGCAGACGGUGCUACUGUUGUUGUCAGUGUUCCUCCCGUUGGCAAUCUCCGUACCCACGCCGUUGACAUGUCCUCUGACAGGAAAACCGCCUAGCGUUCCGCAGAUUCCCUCCGCUCGCUGUCUCGAUGCAGCCAAAUCGUCGUGCUGCCAGGACUGCAGCGACUUCAGCUACGCGCUGAACCUCCUUACAGCAGAUGUAACUAAGCUUGUCAGCGACAUGAAUCCAGACUACGCGAAAUUCGUGCCUGAAGGCACCGAAAUUCAGUUUUGCAGCAUGUUUCAGGGAAAAGAAACUUGUUCAUUACUGGUGGAAAGCAUUAUCUGUGCUAUAACCUGCAAUCCAGGUUCCAGCAACUACGUGACAUCAAACAAUGGAGCUGUAACGGUUACAGUCUGCGAAACCAUGGCGAACCAGGUCUACGACGCCUGCUCCGGACUUACUUAUAACAACUUUCCGCUAAGCUCUCUGAUCAAGGACGCGGGAGGGUUCAUGUCGGGCGCCAUGACGAGCAUCGUGAAGAUGGCAACAGGGUUGAAGGACGUGACCAUCAACAUCGACAAGACAGAUGGCAAAUGCUACAGUGGUCCUAAGGCGCUUCCAAAGUCCACCUCCUGUUGUGACAACAUGACUGUGCCUGGAAACUGCCCUGCUGGCGUGGUUGACGCCAACCAGUUCAGCCAGUCGCUCGGAAAGAUUAAAAGCACUGCGUCGUGUGGAAAUUCCACAGUGCAGAGCACCCAGGCUGCAUCCCCACCACCACCUCCAAAGAGUGCUAAUGUUGUCACUGUUUCCCUUGUGACGCUAGUGUGCAUGUUUGCAGGCAUGAUGCUGAUUUAG